AUAUUUUAAUUUACAACCAACUCCCUUCUUCUCUCCUAUUUAAACUCCCCCAUUCCCUCACUUGAGAAACCCACAAAAACUCUGGAAUAAACCUAAAAACAGAGAAGAAACAGAGGCAAAAACAGAGAGAAAAAACACAAGGGAUUCUUAAAAAUUGAUGGCCAUCCGAGUUACACCAAAGCUUUUUCAGAGAUUUAACCAAAUCACAAAGGCUUUGAGUUCUUCUCCGUCUUCCUUACCCGUUUUACCUCUUAAUUUCGAUGAAAAACCUGAAUCAUUCGUCGUAAAACCCGAAGCGGAAACUGGAACCGGAACCUUUCAACGAAGCUCUUCUUCCUCUUCAAUUCUUGAUUUUGAGGAUACCCAGAAGUUGUUUUCAACUUUUUCAAACACAAAAUUGAUAAGAUCAGUGUUUAAUCUGAACAUGGCAUCAAUUGAUCCUGUGGUUGAUAUGGGUAUUUGGGUUAUGCGGUCAAGAUUGCUUGAGGUUCCUGGGUUUCGCCAGGCGAUUUUAGGGUCUGUUAAACACAGUUUUUAUGAACAAUUUGUUGCAGGAAAAGAUUUGAAGGAAACCAGUCAGACGGUUGAGAAGAUUUAUGGCGAAGGAUUAAGAGGAAUGUUAAAUUAUGGUUUAGAACAUGCUUAUGAUAAUCAAUCAUGUGAUCAAAAUUACAACACUUUUCUCAACACCAUUGAAUCCACCAAGUUCUUCCCUCCUUCUUCGGUAAGUUUUGUGAUUGUGAAGAUAAGUGCAAUUUGUCCAAUGUCAUUGCUAGAAAGAUUGAGUGAUUUGCUUAGGUGGGAAAAGCAAGACCCAUCAUUCAAACUACCAUGGAAACAAAACUCCUUACCAAUUUUAUCCGACUCUAGCCCUUUCUACCACACCCCCGAAAAACCCGACCCGUUAACCCAACAAGAAGAACAAGACCUACAAUUAGCCCAUGAAAGGCUAACUAAACUCUGUCAAAGAUGUUUAGAACUUAAUGUACCUUUAACAGUUGAUGCUGAGGACACUAAGAUUCAACCUGGUAUCGACUAUUUAACAUAUAAUUCAGCCAUUGAGUACAACAAAUUGGGAGGUAAAACCCCAAUUGUUUAUGGUACACUUCAAGCUUACUUAAAAGAUGCAAAAGAAAGGAUGUUGUUAGCAACCGAAGCUGCGAAGAAGAUGGGUUUGCCUAUAGGGUUUAAGAUAGUUAGAGGAGCUUAUAUGUCUAGUGAAAGCAAAUUGGCUGCUUCAUUAGGGUUUGAGUCUCCUAUUCAUAAUACUAUACAAGAUACCCAUGAUUGUUACAAUGAGUGUGCUUCUUAUAUGCUUGACAAGAUUGUUGACGGCUCUGGUGCUGUCGUCCUUGCCACCCAUAACGUUGAAUCAGGGAAAUUGGCGGCGACGAAAGCCAAAUGUUUGGGGAUAGGAAAGGAGAAUGAUAGGCUACAAUUUGCUCAAUUGUAUGGAAUGUCUGAGGCACUUUCAUAUGGCCUUAAAAAUGCUGGUUUUCAAGUUAGCAAGUACUUAACUUUUGGGCCAGUUGAGGAGGUUAUUCCAUAUCUUUUAAGAAGGGCAGAGGAAAAUAGAGGGAUGUUGUCUUCUUCAUGCCUUGAUCGCCAACUCAUGGGGAUGGAGUUAAAGCGAAGACUGAAAGCUGGGUUUGGAAUGUGAUUAUAUGAGAUGAGCAAGGUGGAAAUUUGAUGUGGUUUUGAAGCUUAGAAAUUUUUAUGAUUGUACAUAAAUAAUUUAGAAUGUUUUGUGAGUUUAUCAUUUCUCAGGAAAUGUAAAUGGUUUUGUUACUCCUUUUGUUAAUGAAAAUCUCAAUUAAGACUUCAAUUUCUAA